UUGGCAGACCUGCCUGGUAAGCUGCCACAAAAAAAAUUGUUAAUUGAAGGAAAUGCGAAAAUGCCUCGGGAGAGAAAUAAGGUAAACACUUAGGGCAACGAACAGCAACGAAACGAGAUGGAGAAGCGGCAGAGAGAGCUGGAGGCCCUAGUCUCCACGCAGAAGGAGCAACUGGGACGAUACGAGAAGCGACUCAAAGACGUGGUCACUGCCUACAAGGGACUGCUGAAGGAGAAGGAGGCGCUGGAGACGAGCCUGGCGGCGCAUGCGGAAGCCACAGCCGUUGGGGAUUCCGGAUCUCCGGCCAGAGAAGUAGCAUCCCAGAACAGCAGCACAGAUAAUGCGGAUGGAGCGGAAGAGGGGGCAGCGGCCACAGCACCAGCUUCUGCUUCAGCCGAAGGGCAACUGCAAACGCAGAUAAUCACACUGAUGAACUCGCUGGCCACGCUGUCCGCGGAGAAGUCACGCAUGGAGGCGUCCUUUCAGGCGGACAAGAAGCAACUCCGCAGCCAAAUUGCCCAGAAGGAGCAAUCUAUCCAGGAGCUGCAUGCACGAGCCAAAGAGCAGGCAGCCCGUGCCAAGAGCGACGUUGACGAGGUCAAAGCCAAGUGGAUUGUGGAGCGACAGGAGCGCGAGAAGGAAACAAACAACCAGAUGCUUAUGAUUCGGGAGCUGCAGAAGCUCUAUGCCGACGAACGGCACCUCAAGGACAACAUUGAGAUGCAGCUAAACAAUUUUAAGACGCAGUUCGCCAGCAACGAGGCAGAGAACAGUCGGCUUCGCGAACUGCAAUCUCAACUAAAGGAAGCCCGCUCCCAGCUGAAACAGUUUCAGGCCAAAGCUGAGCAGUCGGCGGCCACUGCCGCCAAUGCGGAUAGCGCUGCUGUCCUCCAGCAGGUGCGCCAAGAGAUGCAACAGCUAAAGGAGCAGCAUUCUGUGGCCAUUCGCCAGGAGCAGAGACGUGUUCUGCGGGCGGAGGACCAGAGUCGCAGGCAGGCGGCACUGCACGAGGACCGGGUGGCCAGUUUGGAAGCUCGCCUAGCGGAGCUCAGCACCACCGUUGGCAGCUAUGACCGCCUGCGGCAGCAGGAUCAGGAGAGUAUUCAUGCUCUGAAGCAGCAGCUUCAGGAUCUGGAACAAGCGCAUGCUCGACCAAUAUCCAGUCUUAAAUCUGUCAACGACGAUGGGGAUGUGGCUACUCUUGUGGAUGAGAUGGUGCGCCUCAAAAAGCUCCUAACCAGUGCCAAUGCCCGCUCGGCCAAUCCCCUGGAUCUGGGGGAGAUCCUCUCCCUAAGCGGCAAGAACACAACGGCAGCCGAAAGCCACGUACAUUGCGAACAGCAGCUCCAGGGAGUUCAGCAAAUGCUAGAGGCCGCCAAACAGCAGCGGCAGCUGCUCGAACAAAAGGCACAGCUGCAGCAGUCGCACAUUCAAACGUUGCAGGAAAAGGUGCAAGUGCUUAACCGCAAUAUCGACGAGGCGGAAAUUGAGCUCAAACAGCAGGGCGAAAAGCUGCGCUUGGCGUUGAAGAGCGAGCGAACGAAGUGGCAGGAGGCGAAGGCCGAACUGGAGAACGAGACACGCUGCAAGCUCAACGAGCUGGAGCAGUUGCUCCAGAAGCAACGCCAACGAUCGCUGCAGCUGCUCGACGAGAAGGAGCAGGAGAUCAAGACGUUGCAGACCUCCUUCGAGGUCUUCCACUCGGCCACCGGUGUGGGGAGCUCGCUGGUCCCUCCCGCUCUCGAAGCCGCUGCCGAUAGCCUGGCCGGCUCAUCGGAUGCCGACAGUGUCGAGGUGGAGGGUGAGCAGCGCGAGCGGGAGAGAAAACUGAAGGUGCGCUCUAAGAAGAUGUCGCUGGGCGAAAACUGCCACAUGCUGCACUAUGCCAACGAGUUGGCCCGCAAGGACAUCGAGAUUACGACCCUUCGCAAGGCCAAAUACGCCGCUGAAUCCACUUUGAGGAAGGCCAUCCAAGACAAGGUCACGUCGCAGCAGGAGAUGCAUGAAAAGAUCGAAUGCCUCGAGGAGCAGGUGGACAGGCUCGAGCGCUGCAAAACGCGCGAGGGCGCCAACCUGGAGUACCUGAAGAAUGUGAUCAUAAGCUACAUCGUGACCCGGGACGCGGAUGGCAAGCGUCAUAUGUUGAACGCCAUCUCAGCGGUGCUCCAGUUCACCACCACCGAGAUGCAGGCGAUCAACGCAUCAUUCCAGAAGAAAUAGCAUUCGUAUUUUGUUUAACAAUCAUGUGCAACAUAUUUAUAAUCUUA